GGCGCGUUGGCGCGCGCGCGCCGGCCUUACCCUUGCCGCGGGCCGUAAAGCGCGGAAGGUCGCAGGCCCCUGCGGUCCCGGAACUUUCCGUUCUGCGUCCCGUUCCCCUCCCCAUGCCCCGUCCCCCUUUCCGGCCCGCGUCGACCCUCUGUAUCUGUUGUGCUGCCCUCCACUUCCGCGGGGCGUUGCCGAACGCGCUCCCCGCACUGGCGGGCCUCCGAGUUUGGAUUCUUUGGAUCUUCUCAGCUGAGUGAAACCCUAUCUCCCAGUUGGUGAUGCUUUACCGGUUGCUUUCGAUUGUCCAAAGACAAAGAACUAGCCCAGGAUGGCAGACCUGGUCAUCAGCAAGAAGCAGCACAUCCGCUGCCGAAGCACAUUCUAUUGCCCUGCCUGCCCAGGCCCAGGUGGUCAUCUGUGGGGGUGGAAUCAUGGGUACAUCUGUGGCCUAUCACCUCUCCAAAAUGGGAUGGCAGGAUAUUGUCCUUUUGGAGCAGGGCAGGCUGGCUGCUGGCUCAACAAGGUUCUGUGCUGGCAUCCUAAGCACUGCUAGGCAUUCAAGUAUUGAACAAAAGAUGGCAGACUAUUCAAACAAACUUUACCAUCAGUUAGAGCAAGAAACAGGGAUCCAAACAGGGUACUUAAGGACAGGCUCAAUCUUUCUGGCCCAAACUCAGGACCGAUUGAUCUCUCUGAAGCGUAUCAACUCAAGGCUGAAUGUUGUAGGUAUCCCUUCUGAGAUCAUCUCCCCGAAGAAAGUGGCUGAACUUCACCCUCUUCUCAAUGUGCACGAUCUGGUGGGGGCCAUGCAUGUUCCCGAGGAUGCAGUGGUGUCCUCUGCUGAUGUGGCUCUUGCCCUGGCAAGUGCUGCCUCCCAGAAUGGUGUUCAGAUUUAUGAUCGGACAAGUGUUCUUCAUGUAUUGAUCAAAAAAGGUCGAGUUACUGGUGUGGAGACAGAUAAAGGACAGAUUGAAUGCCAGUAUUUUGUCAACUGUGCUGGUCAGUGGGCAUAUGAGCUGGGUCUGUCCAACGAGGAGCCGGUUAGUAUCCCGCUACAUGCCUGUGAACACUUCUACCUUCUGACUCGUCCCUGGGAUACCCCUCUGCAGAGCAACACACCAACUGUUGUGGAUGCUGAUGGAAGAAUUUACAUCAGGAACUGGCAGGGUGGCAUAUUGUCUGGAGGCUUUGAGAAGAACCCCAAACCUAUUUUCACUGAGGGCAAGAAUCAGUUGGAAAUUCAGAAUCUGAGGGAAGAUUGGGAUCACUUUGAGCCCCUGUUGAGUUCCCUCCUGCGUAGGAUGCCAGUAUUGGAGACUCUGGAGAUUUUGAAGUUGGUGAAUUGCCCUGAGACCUUCACACCAGACAUGAAGUGCAUCAUGGGCGAGUCUCCUGUAGUACAGGGCUACUUUGUCCUGGCAGGGAUGAACUCUGCUGGCCUGUCGUUGGGUGGAGGAGCUGGAAAGUUCCUUGCUGAAUGGAUGGUCUAUGGUUAUCCCUCUGAGAAUGUCUGGGAAUUGGACUUGCAGCGCUUUGGAGCCCUCCAGAGCAGCCGCACUUUUCUGCGCCACCGCGUCAUGGAAGUCAUGCCUCUGAUUUAUGAUCUGAAGGUUCCCCGUUGGGACUUCCAGACUGGGAGGCAGUUACGUACAUCUCCUCUUUAUGACCGGCUAGAUGCUCAAGGAGCCAGAUGGAUGGAGAAACAUGGAUUUGAGAGGCCAAAGUACUUUGUUCCACCCAAUAAGGACCUUCUUGCCUUGGAACAGAGCAAGACUUUCUACAAGCCAGACUGGUUUGAUAUUGUGGAGUCUGAAGUGAAGUGCUGUAAGGAAGCUGUGUGUGUCAUUGACAUGUCUUCUUUCACAAAGUUUGAAAUCACUUCCACUGGGGAUCAGGCAUUAGAAAGUCUGCAAUACCUUUUCUCCAAUGACCUGGAUGUGCCUGUAGGCCACAUUGUGCAUACUGGCAUGCUUAAUGAAUGUGGGGGGUACGAAAAUGACUGCAGCAUUGCACGCCUGAACAAACGCAGUUUCUUCAUGAUCUCUCCAACUGACCAGCAGGUCCACUGUUGGGCCUGGCUUAACAAAUACAUGCCGAAAGACAGCAACUUGCUGCUGGAGGAUGUCACCUGGAAGUACACAGCCCUCAAUCUGAUUGGCCCUCGGGCUGUGGAUGUGCUAUCUGAGUUGUCUUAUGCCCCUAUGACUCCAGACCACUUUCCAACUCUGUUCUGCAAGGAGAUGAGUGUGGGCUAUGCAAAUGGGAUCCGCGUGAUGAGCAUGACUCACACAGGAGAGCCGGGGUUCAUGCUCUAUAUCCCCAUAGAGUAUGCUCUGCAUGUCUACAAUGAGGUGAUGAGUGUUGGACAGAAGUAUGGAAUCCGGAAUGCUGGGUAUUAUGCUCUUCGAAGUCUCCGAAUUGAGAAGUUUUUUGCCUUCUGGGGACAAGACUUAAACACCCUCACCACUCCCAUGGAAUGUGGAGGAGAGUCUCGUGUGAAGUUAGAGAAGGGCAUAGAUUUCAUCGGUCGAGAUGCCCUGCUGCAGCAGAAGCAGAAUGGGGUGUAUAAACGCCUUGCUAUGUUCAUCCUGGAUGACCACGACACAGACCUAGACAUGUGGCCUUGGUGGGGAGAACCCAUUUACCGGAAUGGGAAGUAUGCUGGCAAAACUACCAGCAGUGCCUAUAGCUACACUCUUGAGCGCCAUGUGUGCCUGGGCUAUGUACACAAUUUUUCUGAGCACAGUGGGGAAGAACAGGUGGUGACAACGGAUUUCAUCAACCGAGGAGAAUAUGAGAUUGACAUCGCAGGACUUCGGUUUCAGGCCAAGGCCAAGCUCUACCCUGUCACCUCCUUUUUCACUCACAAGCGCAGGAAGGAUGAUGUGGAGCUGAGUGACUUCCAUGGGAAGUGAUGCCAAGACUUUGUCCCUUCCUCCCAUUCUCUCACCAUGGGGAGCAUCAUUCUGGGAGCUUUUCCCUUCGUCCCUGUCUUCUUACUGAAGGUAUCUUUGUCCCCUCUCUUUUCAGAUUGACCUACUUUAAACAUUUUCCUUGUAAGCCUUUUUUUGUCCUUCCAUUUCCUUUUCAUUUGCUGUUACCCCUCCUCAUAAUCCAGGCUCUUCUCAUCCCUCCAGCAGGCCAGUCCCACAGUGGAAGGCAGGAGCCACUUGUGGAAUUAAGGUGACAAACUGAUUUUUAAAUUCGUCUUAAGGCAAGUUGGUAUUAUUUCUUAGGGCAGAAUCCAACUCCCCUGGGCUGGGGUUCUUAGAGUAAUCUGCUAAUUUUGGUAGAUUACUGUGUCUGCUGUAGUCCUGGGAAUAGUUUAUAUUUUAAGAGGCAGAUGAUUCUAUUCCACUGUGUUGUAGGGUACCACCUGAUACCUCUUAACCAUCUACCUCACUGAUGAGAGGGAUUGCAUGGACACUGCCUGCUCUGCGGAAGGGACAAGUAGUUAACCUGGUCCCCAGCCCUCCAACUUUUUCUUAUAUGUUUAGGUCAGGGCCACCUGUCUGCAAUAUUAUUUCUGCUAUUUUGUAUGAGGUUGUUUGUUUUUUAGCUGAGUAAACAAGUGUGCCAGUAUUUGAAAAGAAAAACAAACAAAACAAAACCCAUGUUGCUUUUUGUGUUGCUUUUCCCAGCAGGAGCAGUGUGAACUCCAGUGCUGAGUUCCUACUACCAGAGAAGUGUCGCUUUUCUGUCAGCCACUCAUAGGUCAGCUAGCUAGCCUUGAUUUUCUUCAGAUGGCUUCUAGCCUCACCUGUGCCUUGUGUAGUCUGCCUGUGACCUCAACAUUCAUUCCCAUCCCUUUAGAAGAGAGAUGAUUGUGUGGGUUGUCUUGGGUGAGUAAACCAUGCUGUUCAUACUGCGUUCAAGAGAGCCACCAGAGCCUCAGGCUUCCCACCGCUGGCAUGAACAAAGCCACGUACAGAUGGCCAUUGAGAGCUGUAAGUUCAGUGCCGGCCCGAGGCUGCUUUCCACCUCUUCUUUCCCGACUCCCCACUCUGGCCCAUAGAACCUCUGGAAUGGAAAGUGCCUGGAGUACUCAACAAAUGUGCACCACACGUUUCAAGGGUACUGCUGUUUUCUUUCUGUGAUAUGGUUUCUCAUUAGAGGUCAGGUUGGCCUCUAAUUUGCAGUGAUCUUGCCUGAGUCUCCUGAGUACUAGGAUUUCAGAUGUGGGGACAGAAUGUUUCCUGAAGGUGAAGCUUAGAUGGCAGGCUGUGCUAUAUAACCAGCACUUAAAUUUUCUUCUGUAUACAAACUGACCUAGUCUGCACUUGAGAACCUUUAAUUCGACUGUAGUUCUCAGUAACUUGGAUACAUUGGUUCUGCUAAAUUUACAUUACUAGAAACCUUUCAUUUCAUUAGAGCAGCUCAGAAAUCUCAAGUGUGUUUCUUUGUCAUUUCUGUGGAACCUGUUAUCUACUCAGACUAGUUCUUUUUAUACACUUCUUGCUAUUUUCUCCAGCUAGGCCACUCCUAUUUGGCUUCUGAGAAGAUUUUAACUGACUUAUUAAAGGGCACACGAUUAGAAUUUGGUGUGAGGGGAAAUUGCUAUUUUGGAGAAAAUGUGUAUAACUCCGCUAGAAAGCUGAGCAAAGCAGCAGCAGCAGCAGCGAGCUGUGGAGAUCAAGAGCAGGCCCUUGGCUGACCUGUGAGGAUGAAAGUCGAGACGCGUGACUCCAGGGACCUGUGCUCUUUGAGAUGUGCUUGUAAGGCUGCACAGUCUGAAUGAAAGCUGACUUCAAACUGAAUACACAUUUUGAGCAAACUUGCCCUUUUAACUUUUGGAAGUGUUCCUAAUUGGGGCAGGGGGCCUUCCAAAACAGUAAUAGUUUAAAAUUGGGUGUCACCACCAAAUGUCAUCAAAAGUAUUUUCAGCAUAGACUGAUUUCUUCUCUGUACUUCUUAAUCUCUAGUUAAUUAACUGUCCUUUCCUUUCUAAGUAGGAAGGGAAGUGCUAUAUUUAAAAUUUUAUAGCAACUUUUGGGCUGGAGAGAGGCUCAGAGGUUAAGAGCACUGGCUGCUCUUCCAGAGGUCCCAAGUUCAAUUCCCAGCAACCACAUGGUGGCUCACAACCGUCUGUAUGAAAUCUGGUGCCCUCUUCUGGCCUGCAGGAGUAUGUGCAGAUAGAACACUGUAUGCAUAAUCAGUUGAUCUUUUAAAAAAUUAUAAAUAAGAUUAUAUAGCACCUUUUUUAGUAAGUGCUCAGCUAGAAGUCCUGGCUGUUGCUGAUAUCAACUUUUGAGCUUACAGACAGUGCUUGUCUUUCUAGGAAGGCAUGAAACGGCCUGAGAGUGGGGCACACAGGGCUGUUUUGAAAUGCCUUCUCAGGGGAGGGUCAUGGUCCUGUUCCUUCAACUGGGAUUAACUUGGAUUUUGAGUUGCCACUUGUUUACUGUGUACCCCAAAACAAACUUAUAUUUGGCACUUAGAAUUUCUCUUGGCCAUUCAAAAAUAAGUAAUUGCAAAUCUGACACCCCCCCCCCCAUUUUGCCCUCAUAUAAGUGCUUUAAAUAGACUGUUCUCUUCUACUAAGCCUGCAGCUUUUCCUAUGCUUGGUGUCAUAAGCACCUAGACAGUCAAGGGGACCAUUUAACCUGAAACACCUGAUCCCCUCCCCCCAGUGUUGAUAGUGCAUUCUGGGCUCCUCAGGAGUAAAUACAGGUUGUCAACAGAAAUGCUGGUCUAGAGCAGUGGCACUCAACCCGUGAACUACAGUCCCAUUGGGGUCGCCUAAGACCAUCAGAAAACAUUUAUAUUGCAAUUCAUAACAGUAACAAAAUUAUAUUUAUGAAGUGGCAUUGAAAACAAUCUUAUGGUUGGGGUCACCACGACACGAGGAGCUGUAUCAAAUAUUCACAGCAUUGGGAAGGUUGAGAACCACUGGUCUAGAGGCGUGAUUGAAAAUCCAGGAAGAACAAUCGCUGUACAUCCUAAGUUGUGUGACAUUUUGUGACAGUACAGUUUGGGGAGCCGGUUAGCUUAAGGGAAUGUAAACAUUCCCUUAAGCUUUAGAUGUCAGCUUUAGAUGUCAGAGUCUCUGGAAUAAUCUGUUGUCACAUCUACUUACCAGAGCUGAGGAGUUCCAUGUUCUCUUCUUUGAUUUAUAGUAGCAAUUAAAUCUCUUUGAACAAGGUAACAAAUUAUAUUGAAGUCCUAGGAUUGGGAGUUUUCUGUGAGCCUUGAAAUAUCGUGAAGGUAUUCUUUUCUCUUAGCUGUUCAUUACACAAAGCCUGUUUCUCAGUACUUCCGUAGCCAUCUGAAAUAUACUCAAGCUUGUAACAGUUCCCUUCCGUGACAUAGGUACUGAAGGGACCAGGAAGAAUGGCAUAAUUAGUCUUAAUUGUGAGCAUGCCCACUGACUUUAGUUCUUCCACGGGUCCCGGGACACAGGAUCAUUAACACAGCACUAAAGCCUAGCUUCAGUCUGGUCUCCAAGAGCCCAUUUCUGUAGCAGUGGAGUGCAGCCCCUUGUUGGGAAGUACACUAGCUCUGGCCUGUCUCUCCUCUACGCCUAAUGUGUUCCGGGCUGCUGUGUCCAAGAAAAGUAACCAGAUACGAAAAACAAAUUUAUGAACUUUAGUAUUCUACUGCUCUCCUUUUGGAUCUGGUUGGCAGUGGCAGUAUGAAUUAACAGAUAGCAGGAACUGCUAAAGGUUUGCUUUGUUUCACUGGAGACUCACAGCUUUGGUUUUCUGGUUGCUAGCAUCUGAAAAGACCCUCACCAUCCUUGGGGGGAAUUGUAUGCCUUCCAGUGUUGGCACUAGCCCCGGAAGCCUGUCAUGGAAGAGCAGUUGCACCAUCCCGUUUGCAAGGGCGGACUACAGAUUUCGUCCAUCUAUCUCUUACUUCUUAGCCAAGGGUAUCAGGUUCGUAACAUUUAGGGCAGAGAAGAAUGACUUGUCAUUUUCCAUUUUCUGCAUCCCAACACCCCCACUUCACAAUGUUGAUAGAUAAGUAGCAUAGCAUCAACACAGCACAGGUCCAUCUCGUCCUUAUGUCUGUAGACACAGAGUGAGCAUCAGCCAGUGAGUAGGAGAGUCUGAGCUAUAGCUGUGCCCUGUGCGCAUGUCAGAAAUGGUAAGCGAGCUGGGGCCUCUCUCCCUCUGCCUGCACUUCUUUUGGUCUCUUAGGUGCUGAUCUGUAAGCCCCCAUUUUCAUGCAAUAUGGGGCUUUCUUCUGCAGUUCCUCAACAGUACCAACACACUGUUCUUCACAAGGAUCGAGUGUUUCACACAUCUUUGUCUUUUCUUAGUAUGUUAAACUUCAGCAUUUUUUCUAAGACUUCUGACCUCUCUAAGCAGUUGUCUACAUCUGAAUAAUUAUAUUUUUCCUCAUAUUUGAUUCACCUGUUUUUAUUCUUUGCAGACAUCUACCUCCUUGUCUGUGAGGGACAGAUUACAAGAGGAGGGGGAGUUAUCUUUAUCAUGUUUCAAAAGAUCUAUUCCAGGAUUUCCUUUGCACACUAAGAGCUGAAGCUUGCUUGGAAUACUCCUCUCAGCCUAGGUCUAGUGCCUUACUCUCUAGAGUCCAGUAGUGGACUGGGGUAGGAAGGAAGAAUGUUUGGUCUGGGUUCUCAUCACCCCAUGUCAGCCUCCUUCCUCAGCAUAGUCUGGGGUAAGGUGAAAAGUGCGUAGCUCAUCUCACUGAAAGCUUCUCUAAGUUCACACUUAACUCCGGUCAAUGCUUAAGACAUAAACAUCAUUGUAAUUACCAUAAGGUUCUGUACAUUUGCAUGUAGUGUGGCUCCGCUCGGCUCCCUUCUGUCCCUGUGUGGUGUCAGUGUGGUCCUGAGGAUGCUCUGGAUAUCGGAGUAAAUAAGACCUUUUCCCAAGAGCAGAUUCAGCUGACUCUGGACACAUAGGGUGGGUAACUGUGCAUUUCAUGGCCAGAAUUAUUUCUGGAUGGCUGGAUUUGAGAUUUUCUUUUCAUGAAUUAGGAAUAUAAAUGAAUAAAAAUGUUUUCAUUAACUA